CGGGAGGAGGCCGACACGAGACUCGCGUGCGCUCGGUUGCGGCUCGGCGAGCCAAACGCGAUAUUUUGUGAUUAUUAUUCGCUGUAUCAGCUUUAAUAACGAUACAGUCGGAACAUGGAGAGAUACAUGGAACGUGCAUCGUUAAUGCAGUGCAAUGCUAUGCGCUUUGCCUUGCAAAUGAUGAUUUAAACAACGUGAAACGUUGUCUGGUAGUGUUGACUUAUCGUUUGUAUGGUAAAAUUGUCUAUACUGGUCCACAUGCAUCAGGGAAGUAUUGCACUCUAAAGUGUAUGUAGGGAGUACGAGAAUCAGGUUGUUAUAGACAAUGAGUUGAGCCCGAGGGUGACGGGACCUGAAGCAGCUGGCAGGCGUGGCGUGGGGGGGACAGCAUGGCUGAACCGAGGCGAGAGAGCACCAGCAGCCUGCAGAGGAAGAAGCCUCCAUGGCUGAAGCUGGACAUCCCCAUGGCCCAGGUGUCCUUGGACGAGCCCCACCCCCUCGUUCAGCCGGUGAAGCGUCAGGGCUUCCUGCGCAGCAUCAGCAUGCCGGUGGAGACCACCCACCUCCAGUCCCCGCCCCGGGACUUCUUCGACACCCGGAGGCCCGCCUUCCAGCGCCAGUCCUCCAUCACGCAGACCAUCAAGAGCAGCAGGCGGGUGCACUUUGAGAGGAUUAACACGGUGCCCAUUAAAGGCCAGAGGGCCGCCCGCCACGCCUCCAGAAAGUACCACUCUCUCUCCAGAACCCUGCUCAGGGGCACGGCGGACUGGUUCGGCGUGAGUAAAGACGGCGACGCCACGCAGAAGUGGCAGAGGAAGAGCCUGCGCCACUGCAGCAUGCGCUACGGCCGGCUCAAGCCCCAGGUCCUCCGGGAGAUGGACCUGCCCAGCCAGGACAACAUCUCCCUGACCAGCACCGAGACGCCACCGCCCCUCUACGUCCCCACCUCGCAGCACGGCAUGCAGAAGAUCGUGGACCCCUUGGCGCGAGGCAGGGCCUUCCGCAUGGUGGAGGAGGUGGACGGCUACAGCGUGCCGCAGACCCCCAUCACCCCCGGCGCCGCCUCCCUCUGCUCCUUCACCAGCUCGCGCUCGGGACUCAACCGCCUGCCCCGCCGCCGCAAGAGAGAGUCGGUGGCCAAGAUGAGCUUCAGGGCCGCCGCCGCGCUGGUCAAGGGGCGCUCGUUGCGGGACAACACCCUGCGGCGGGCCCAGAGGCGGAGCUUCACCCCGGCCAGCUUCAUGGACGAGGACAUCCUGGACUUUGCUGACGAGCUGGACACCUCCUUCUUCGCCAGGGACGUCCUGAUGCACGGGGAGGAGAUGUCCACGUACGCGGACGAGGUGUUUGAGUCGCCGUCGGAGGCGGCCAUGAAGGAGGAGGAGUCUAACGACAAGUUGGACGAGACGGAGAUGACGGGCAGUGCGCUGGACAAGAGUGAGCUGGAGAGGAGUCACCUCAUGUUGCCUCUGGAGCGGGGCUGGCGUAAGGCCAAGGAGGGCAUGCCGGGGCCCCCCAAGGUGCCUCUGCGGCAGGAGGUGGUGAGCGUGAACGGGCAGCGGCGGGGCCAGCGCAUCGUGGUGCCCGUGCAGAAGCUGUUCAAGCGGGAGAAGAGGCCCUACGGCCUGGGCAUGGUGGGCAAGCUCACCAACCGCACCUACCGCAAGCGCAUCGACAGCUACGUCAAGAGGCAGAUAGAGGACAUGGACGACCAUAGGCCUUUCUUCACAUACUGGAUAACCUUUGUCCACUUGCUGGUCACUAUAUUGGCUGUAUGCAUUUACGGUAUCGCACCGGUGGGCUUCUCCCAGGACGAGAAGGUUGAUUCUGUUUUAAGAAACAAGGGCGUGUAUGAAAAUGUCAAGUUUGUACAGCAGGAGAACUUCUGGAUCGGGCCGAGCUCAGAGGCCCUGAUCCACCUGGGGGCCAAAUUCUCUCCGUGCAUGCGGCAGGACAAGCAGGUGCACGACCUGAUCAGGGACAAGAGGGCCAUCGAGCGCAACUCCGCCUGCUGCGUGCGCAACGACCGCUCGGGCUGCGUCCAGACCUCGGAGGAGGCUUGCUCGAGUACUCUAGCGGUGUGGGUGAAGUGGCCGCAGCAUCCGAGCACGCCGCAGCUCAACGGGAAAGCCCGGCAGCAUGGCUCCGUGUGCCAUCAGGACCCGAGGAUAUGUCAUGAGCCGGCCUCAGUCCCGCCUCACGAAUGGCCCGAUGACAUCACCAAGUGGCCGAUCUGCACCAGGUACAACACGGGGAAUCACACCAACCUGCCUCACAUAGACUGCACCAUCACAGGCCGGCCCUGCUGCAUUGGAACCAAAGGCCGGUGUGAGAUCACAUCGCGGGAAUAUUGUGACUUCAUGAUGGGAUACUUUCACGAGGAAGCAACUCUCUGUUCUCAAGUGCACUGCAUGGAUGAUGUCUGUGGUCUACUGCCCUUCCUCAACCCAGAGAUCCCAGACCAGUUUUACAGGCUCUGGCUCUCCCUCUUCUUACAUGCUGGGCUCCUUCACUGCCUGGUGUCGGUGGCCUUUCAGAUGACUAUCCUGAGGGACCUGGAGAAGCUGGCCGGGUGGCUGAGGAUCUCCAUCAUCUAUAUCCUCAGCGGCAUCACCGGGAACCUGGCCUCCGCUAUCUUCCUGCCCUACCGAGCUGAGGUGGGUCCGGCGGGUUCCCAGUUCGGCAUCCUGGCCUGCCUGUUUGUGGAGCUGAUCCAGAGCUGGCAGAUCCUGGCGCAGCCCUGGAGGGCCUUCAUCAAGCUGCUGUGCGUGGUGCUCUUCCUCUUUGCCUUCGGCCUGCUGCCCUGGAUCGACAACUUCGCCCACAUCUGCGGCUUCAUCUCGGGCUUCUUCCUGUCCUUCGCCUUCCUGCCCUACAUCAGCUUCGGCCGGACGGACAUGUACCGCAAGCGCUGUCAGAUCAUCGUCUUCCUGAUGGUGUUCGUGGGCCUGUUUGCCGGCCUGGUGGUGCUCUUCUACGUGUACCCAAUCAAGUGCGAGUGGUGCGAGCUGCUCACCUGCAUCCCCUUCACCGACAAGUUCUGCGAGAAGUACGACCUCAACGCCCACCUCCACUGAACUGAACGCCCCGGGGAGUUUGAGCCGGAGAAGGAGGUGGAGGAGGAAAAGGAGGAGAUGGAGAGGAUGACGAUGCAGACGAUGAUGAUGAUGAUGAUGUCAGCCCCCCCCCCCUUAGUGACUUUAACUUGAUCGUGUACGGCUGCACAAGAAAAAUAGCUUCUUUUUUUAUAUCUAUCACCACUGUCUCCCCAACACUUUUUCACUGACUGUGAGUGUCGUUUCGCGGGUACAGCGAAUCAAAGGGUAAUGGCGUAUUCUAAAACCUCAAAAAAAAGCCCUACGCUACACGUGUGUGUGUGUGCGCUCAGGCAGCCAUGUUUUUAGAAAUGCCCGCCAAUGGUGCAAGACACAACAGAUUUCAGCUUUCUUUUUUUACACUCAGACACAGUCCAGAUGUAGGAUAAAAAAAAUAUUCAGGCAACCGCAUUGAAAACACCCAGGGACAAGAUAGCAAAAUCACCUAUGAAUACCUUUGGUGCCUUGUCAAAAAAGAAAAAAAGUACCAACUACUGCCAUAACUUUUUGUUACAUAAUGCUGAGCACUUGGAUUUGUCUUGUACGUGUAUGUUACUCCCCAUGCCGGAGUGAUGGUUGAUAUGGUAAUGGUAGUGUUUUAGCUACCCGUCUACUCGUAUAUGUAACUAAAGACAACAGUAAAAAACAAAUAUAUAUAAAUAUAUAUUAAAGGAAUUGGUGUGAUUC